UGGCGGUAAGGUGGAAAACGUUCUCGCGCAGCGUGCGUCGUGAUCUCAUUCCUGUGCAGUGAGAAUUUUCCCAGGUUUAAUUUGAAAUCUGUCACUGGUAGCUAUAACCAUGAUGCCAAGUUUACGGAAGAAAGUUGCCGGUUUCAUGCGCCAAUUGUCUAUCAGCAACUUGGCUGGGGCUGUAGAAAGUAUAGGCCUAGGGGAACAGACACUUCGAAGCCCGCAGUCAUUAACUCAGGAUUUUCCUGGCGGCUGUUUCAUCACGCGCUACCUCAACGGACUAGAAACAAAACAAGAAGGACCACCAAUUUUACACGGCCGAAAUCCAGAAGAAUUGCCAAGCAAACAAAUCGACGUUUUUCAAGAAAAUGAAGAAAUAUUUGCAGCCUACACUGGUCCUGAUAGUGGUCUUACCGCGGUCAAUCUUCAACAGAAACAUUUAAGUAUUAGCGAUACUGACAUUGAUUACAUUGAUAUGUUAGAUCAAAAUGAGCAAUAUAGAAGUGGAUCAACAACAUCAAACAUAACAAUUGCUGGAGUUACCGAUUGGUUUAGUCCUCACGAAAAUGCAUAUGGAAUUGCGACUACACUGUAUGAGAAAAAUCCUACAAACGACACCAGCAAUGGAGAACCAAUAGCCGAUUGUUUUGGCAUUGUAGCAAGACCAAACUCUGCCAUACUGGCUCUUGCAGAUGGAGUCAAUUGGGGUACAAAAGCGAGUAUAGCGGCCAGAUCUGCAGUUCAUGGAAGUAUAGAGUAUUUGAACCAGACUCUAUUUUGUCCGUCUAUUAAUAGUGAAAUGACAACGACAAAGGAUGUAUUUAUAGCGUUACUUCGAUCAUUCCAUGCAGCACAUUCGAUGAUUCUUCAAGAACAAGGAAUGCUUACUACCUUAACCGUAUGCACCAUCCUUCCACUGCCAAGUUCAAGUACUGAUACAGAUAUAUGCCAGAGAAAAUAUAUUGCCUGUACCUGCAACGUUGGUGAUAGUUUAGCUUAUGUAUAUUCAGGGAAAACUGGAGUAAGAGAGAUAACGCGAGGAUCUCACGAUAUUCAUUGUAUGAGAGACAUGCGAGAUGCCUUAGGAGCUCUAGGUCCAGUAGACGGUUCUAAUCCCGAAUUGAAUAACUUGACGCUGGCUAUAACAGAGGUCGAGAGAGGCGAUAUAGUGUUUUUGACGAGUGAUGGAAUUUCAGAUAAUUUUGAUCCUGUGGUUGGAAAAUUUGCAAUUUUGCCUAAUCACAGCAGCGGCGCUGAUGCCACAUUGAAAAGUCACGAUGCGAGAUUAAAAACUCGUCGAAGAUCGACGGAAAAUCUGCGGCAUACUGAGUCUAGUAAUAGUAAUGUAAACAGCAACAAUUUGCCAGUAGUUGAAGCUUACCAAAGGCACGAACUUACCCUGCUCAGAAUGGAGGAUCUGUUGAGACGCGGAGUUUCUGGAGAAGGACCGCCGUGCAACAGUGCCAAACAUCUAUGCGAACUUCUUUUGGACUUUGCGGUACGUAUAACUGCAGCAAAGAGGCGAAUCUUAGAAGACACGGAAUUGUACUACGCACAACAUAAAGACGGUCACCUCGUACAACUCUCAAAACACGAGCAGAGAUCUCGAAGAAAAAAGACACUGGAGAAGAUAUCUAUGAUACCUGGCAAGCUAGACCACGCGACGGUUGUAGCAUAUGUAGUCGGACCCUGAAUUUCGUCAAAGUGUAAUUAAUAAUAGAGAGAGUAUAGUUUUUAUUCAUAUAUAAAAAUUGAUUA